AUGGCCCCACAAGUGGAAAUUUCCGACGCCGUUCUCGAUACUGCACGUGAGAAUAGCGACACGGAUAGCUUGGUCGUCGGCCACAUGUCUGUGAACAAGUUUCGCGCCAUUGAGGCCGAGCGCGAGCGCCGCGGCCGCCGCAACCGGUUUUUCUUCCUGCCCGAUCUCGCAUGCCUCAUUGUGACGAUCCCAACAAGGCGCCACGAACGGGCGCACCUUGAAAUGUACGAUUGUAUACAAGACGUCAUCAAGGACAUGGGCCUUGCGGACCAAUGGACACACGACGGCGGCGCAACCUUUGACCCGCCAGGCGACGCAUCUGGGUCCGGCGAGGGCGAUUCGUCGGGCGGCCCAUCAAGCAGACACGAUCCACACGGCGAUGCUUUCUUGCCGACUCUUGUCAUCGAGGCGGGUGUGAGCCAGACUUUGUCGUCGCUCAAGACCAAGGCAAGAUGGUGGUUCACCGCUUCCAACUUCCAUAUGAAAGUCGUCGUGCUAGUGAAGCUGCUUGUCGCGACGUCAGCCAUCGAAAUCGAGCAGUGGGGCGCAGAGUUGUCAGGACCGCAACGCCACUGCGCCACAACAACGCGGGCCAGCCAUGCAGCGAAGGAGGCUGUGCUCAAGCAGCAAGUUUUGAUCAACUGGGUCGGACCAUUGCCGCUUCCCCAGACGCCGUUGAACCGUCGCGCAUUGUCAGAUUUCCACGUUCAGGGUGCGCCCCUUGUUCUACGCUUCCAAGACUUGAUGGAUCGACCGCCGGUGCCUGCAGCCGGUGAACACGACAUUCUAAUACCAGAGGUUCGCUUGCAGCGUAUGGCAAAGCGUGUCUGGUAG